CGGAGGGGGCGCGCCAUGGCGGGCGGACGCGCCUUGGCCGGAGCAGCGCCGGAGGAGCCGCUGGAGCGCCGCCGCUGCCGGUACCUGCGCACGGGCCGGGCCUGCUGCCAGAUGGUGGAGGUGCUGCUCGCCGUGCUGGUCCUCGUCUGCAGCUCCGUGUCCGGCGGCUCGGUGGGAGGAUACACCGGCCUCCCCGCCCUGGGGGGCAUCUACUACUACCACUACGGCGGGGCCUACAGCGGCUUCAGUGGAGCGGACGGGGAGCGAGCCCAGCAGCUUGACCAGCGUUUCUACCUCCUGAAGCUGCCCAUUGCAAGGGCGGCGAUGGCCGUGGGAGGGUGUCUCCUGGUCUUCCCUUGUAUUCUUAUUUUGGUUGGUGUUCUCCAGGUACCAUGGCAUUUCCCAGCAUGGCUGCUAAUUGAAUGCGCCCUGGACAUAGCGAUUGCAGUUGGCACAGUGCCUGCUCUGUACUAUUUCUUCCAUUCUAUGGUGGGAGUUUAUAAUUCAUCAGUGUGCAAAGAGAGAGAGCAGCUUUAUCAAAGCAAAGGCUAUCAGGGCUUCAGCUGCAGCCUGCAUGGGGCAGAGGUUGCUGUUGGCCUUUUAGGCUGCAUGGCCACUGUGGCAUACCUGCUGAGUGCAGUCCUGGCUGUCAGAGGGUACAGGGCAGUUUGCCAACAGAAACAGAAGCCAGUACAAUUAUAAGAGCUUUCAAAUGAUUCCUCCACUCCAGUAAUGGUCAUGAUUUUUGCCAGUCUCCUUAGAUGAAGCAGUAUGCUUUCCUUGCUUCUAGGCAGUGCAGCCUUAAUGCUGCAGCAGAACACACACCAAGUGGGUGUAGCUCUAAAUAUGGUAGUCAGGCUGUUCCUAACUUGAGUUUGCGUUAUUGAAUUAUUAUCGACUCAAAGCUAAUCCAAUGACUUGUCUCCUGCCUCACAGGCAGCCCUUCCGUCCCACUGUUGGGUGUCCUGUUCUCCUCCAGUGAGGUCUUGCUACAAGUCCUGCCACUACAUCUUUCUGCUGCUGAACAGCUUUGUGUAACCAAAACUGUCAUUACAAAAGGCACAUGACUUCACUGAGAACAGAUCUCUUAAAAACAAGGGGUUGAGGCCCAUGGUUGUGGCAGCUAAAUAUUGCUUCCUUGUAGGUCUCUUGGAAUUAACAGCGCAGUGUGAACAUGGCAUUUAUAAGGCCAUCAAAAAAUCCUAAAAAUACCUUGCAAAAUGAUGGAUACACUCGGUAUAACUUGUGACACAAUGUCAUUUCAAACUCCUGGAGAGGGCUCAUUUUUGUAUGAAAUGGUCUUUUAUAUAACUUGUAUACAACAGUUUUGCUUAAAAAGAUGCCCUAAGUUGGGAUAAUCAGACAAAAGCUUUAAGAGAUCAAAGCGGUUUAAUGUACAAGUAUAUUGUUUUCAAAAUACAUUUUUAAUGUACAAGUUGGGGAAAUGA